UCUAUUUGUCGCUGUGUUGGUGGAUAAUUUCCAACGAACGCUCUCUGCCACUGAGAAAAACAAAAAAGCAGCUACAAAAACCGUAUUUCAGGUAAAAAUAUGGAAGUUCACACAUAGACGUGCGCACCCCCCCCAAAAAAAAAAUAUAUUGCCCCCCUCAGUCCUCAGAAGGUUUCCCCACCCUACCUAGGGAAAUUUUCACCCCUCAGAAAUUGCUCAUGGAUUAAAUAACAGUAGUGUGAUUGAAAUAAGAAUUUUGAACUAAAUGAGAUCGAAAAUCUCAAAAUUUCCUGGGGCCUUACCCCCAACCUUGCCCUCACUAGCGACUGUGCCCUCAGACCCCUCCUGCAGCUUGCUCGACUCUCGACGCGCCCCCUCGCCCCCUCACAUAUGAAUGUAUUAACAUACUACUGUAUUGCUGCAUUUCCAUCACUGAUUAAAAACUAUAUGCAUAAACAGGACUAGGAGCGCAACUUGAGGAUAAAAACUUCCGAGUAGUGCUCGCGUGCUCGACCAUCGUUUCCAUCCCUGUGCAUAAGUGAAGGCAAUGGCUUUCACGUUGCAAAGGCAAAAAACAUUUGCUUCAGUUGAUAGUUUAACAAUUUUAUUAGUAAAGAAUCUGACAAUUUUGAUUAAUUAAGAAUUGCUUCUCAUGAUAAAUAUGCUCAAAUAGACCUCUCCCCUUAUGAGUGAAAUUUUGUUCUAGAUAUGCCUGGACAAAAAUUUCAUUACAGGUUGAAAGAGCAUCACAAAAUUAGUAAUAUUCCGAAGUGAUAGUUGCGAAAUGUUGUAAAAUGCGGAUAACAUAGCCUUGCGAAGUUUGCAAUUUUCAGUCAUUUUGUAUUACAAACGGGAAUUUGAUAAUCAGUUUGAUCAUCUGAUUAUCAAUUUCCCGUGCGUAAUACAAAAUGACUGAAAAACAGCAAACUUCGCAGGCUAUAUCAUCCGCAUUUUACAACAUUUCGCAACGAAACUUCGGAAUGUUACUAAUUUUGUGAUGCUCUUUCAAGCGGUGAUGAAAUUUUUGUCCAGACUUGUCUAGAUCAAAAUUUCACUCAAAAGGGGAAAGGUCUAUUGACUGUUUGAGGGAACUGUUUGAGACAAAUGACUCUGACUCAUCGAGUCAGUUCCCCCAAACAUUUCUCACAACCUAGACUUUACUUAUUAUGCUAAAUUCCUGGCCUUUAAACAUAACAGUCCUCGCAUUAUUAUUUUAAAUUAUGUAAAACUGCAGCCCGAAGAAGAUGAGGAUAGUGGCAGUGAAUACACAGUACAGGAAGAAGAUGAUGAUGAAUUUGAAGGUUUGUUAAAACAUUGUCAGUAAUGCAUAUGGAACAGCGUGUUUCUUUUGAAGUGUGUUUAAGUUGUUCACCUGUAUUGCCCGCUCAGCAACUGUACUUGAUACCUCUACCAGCUCUAAACUGUUUUCCGGUUAGUGUACGAAAACCGGAUAGCGCUAUCAACCGGAUAGUUAUUUUUACUGUGUUUCUUUAUAACUUUCUAUUAUAUGCUUCAAACACAUUUCUUACUAUGGUAAAUGUUCCGUAUCUUCAUGCAUUGAUUUGCUUUCAUGUGCAUCUUGUUUUUACUUCAUUCAGACGAAGAUGAUGACUUGAAACUGGAAGGAAGAGAGCCAAAAGGUCGAGCAGUUGGUCACUUCUUUCCUGCUGUGGAUAAAAAGUAAUUCCAUCCAGGUUUUGUUUUACGUUGGUCAAGCGAAACAAAAGAAAACAAAUAAAUAAAGGGAGGAGAAUGAAUGGGCUGAAAUUGCAGUGUGGUAAACAAAGGGUAGCAGGGAAAGGUUGUACAAGUUUAAUUACACAACUUAAACAACGUUGUUUAAGAUGGUUGGGCCAUUUAGACUGACUCAUUCACACCUAGUCAGCCACAUGCCGGAAUAUUGGCAGGGAAUUUUUUGUUCUGUCAAUGACAGUGAUCACAGGAAGAUAUUACUUUCUAUUAUAGGUAUAUGUGAAUUGUAUAAUGUAUGUUUCUUAUAGGAAAGCUCCAUUGUUGGCUGAAUACUAUCAAAUACUGUCCUCACUGGAUUAUAAUUAUCAGCAGAUGGUGCUUCAAUUUAAAACACUCGAUGACUUGACUGACAUUACAGCAUCUGUAAGUCAAGCUUAGUUAAACUUGAAGUUAAUACGUAAUACGUAUUACUAUUUACACCAUGAGCGACCGUAUUGUAUCAGAUAUACAAACUCGAGCCGAAUGCGAGACGUAUGUCUGAUACAAAACAGACGCGAAUGCUGUAUAUAGCUUGUGAAACAUAGCUACUAAGGAUUUCAGCAGUUAAUGGGUUUUAAAAAAUUAUUUAAAAAUAAAUGAUUUUAACUGAUAAAAUCGUUUAUGCAAAAUCAAGAGAAUUUUGUGUGGAUACAACACCUCAUUAAACAUUGAUUUCUUUUGAAUUUGCUUCGAGAAUUAUUAAUGAGUUUUUCAAUAUAAUAUAUAUUUUUACCCAACUAUCAAGUAUUUCAUGCGCCUACAAUAUUCUGUAUCAAGUGUGAUUAAGAAUUUUUGAUAGCCAAUAAUUUUUUAUUCUUCUUUUUUAUCGUUCAACUAUUCAAAAUUAUUUUAACCUUAGGCCUUAAUUGUACAUGUUGUUCAAAUGUCCAAUAGAUUGGCAUUGUCAUGUUGCAUAAUGAAGAGUUUUUAACCGAAACGCAUGCAAUGCGGUAUUUAGAUUGCUUGUUGUAUGAAGAUUAUUUGUUUUCUUAUAGAUCCCAGAUGUCCCUGAAGAUUUGAUAUAA